CUCCUGGAUGGUACUGGCAACGCUUGUAUAAAGCUCAGCUUGGCUUCUCCGUAGUGAUCCCAUUAUCCUCCCCAUCUAACUGGACAGCCAGCAUCGCAUUGUCUCCUAAAGACGCAAACAGUUGAGUACCUUUUUGGGGAAGCCCACCCGCCCCCGAGUGGCAGCCAUGGGGGACGAUAGCGAAUGGAUGAAGCUUCCCAUCGACCAGAAAUGUGAACACAAGGUGUGGAAAGCCCGUCUGAAUGGUUAUGAAGAAGCUCUCAAGUUGUUCCAGAGGAUAGGAGAUGAGAAGAGUCCAGAGUGGGGGAAGUACCUGGGACUGAUAAAGAAGUUUGUCACUGACUCUAAUGCUGUGGCUCAGCUUAAAGGCCUGGAGGCUGCCCUGGCCUUCAUUGAGAAUGCCCAUGUAGCUGGCAAGACGACAGGUGAGGUGGUGUCCGGCGUGGUGACCAAAGUGUUCAACCAGCCAAAGGCCCGGGCUAAGGAGCUGGGCAUGGAUAUCUGUCUGAUGUACAUCGAGAUAGAGAAGGCUGAGGUGGUUCAAGAUGAGCUACUCAAAGGACUGGACAACAAGAACCCAAAGAUAGUGGUGGUCUGCAUCGAGACACUGAGGAAGGCUCUCAGUGAGUUUGGAUCUAAGAUAGUGCCGUUGAAGCCCGUGGUGAAGGUUUUACCCAAGCAGUUUGAGUCCAGAGAGAAGGCGGUGAGAGACGAAGCCAAGCUUCUUGCUGUAGAGAUCUACAAAUGGAUCAGAGAUGCUCUGAGACCUCCGCUGCAACACAUUAACUCUGUACAGUUGAAGGAGCUGGAGGAGGAGUGGGUGAAGCUGCCUUCAGCCCCUCCCAAGCAAACCAGGUUUUUGCGCUCACAGCAGGACCUGAAGGCGAAGUUUGAACAGCAGCAUGCCCUAGGAGGAGAACAGUGUGAUGAAGAGGAUGAGGAAGAAACGGCAGCAGCAGUGGAUCCCUAUGAGCUGCUGGAAGCUGUGGAUAUUUUGAGCAAGAUGCCCAAAGACUUCUAUGACAAAAUAGAAGCUAAAAAGUGGCAGGAGAGGAAAGAAGCUCUGGAGGCCAUAGAGACUCUGACUAAGAACCCCAAACUAGAGAAUGGAGACUAUGGAGACCUUGUCAGAGCACUGAAGAAGGUUGUGGGGAAAGAUGCCAAUGUGAUGCUGGUGUCACUGGCAGCUAAAUGUCUGGCUGGACUAGCCUCUGGUCUCAGGAAGAAGUUUGGUACAUAUGCAGGACAAGUGGUCCCAACUAUUCUGGAGAAGUUCAAAGAGAAGAAACCUCAGGUUGUCCAGGCCCUGCAGGAGGCUAUUGAUGCCAUCUUCCUCACAACCACCCUCCAGAACCUGUCUGAGGACAUCCUGGCUGUGAUGGACAAUAAGAACCCCUCCAUUAAGCAGCAGGCCUCUUUGUUUCUGGCCCGCUCCUUCAGACACUGCAUACAGGCCACACUGCCAAAGAGCGUCCUCAAACCCUUCUGUGCUGCUCUCAUCAAGCAAGUGAAUGACUCUGCUCCAGAGGUACGAGACGCUGCCUUUGAAGCUUUGGGGACAGCCAUGAAAGUGGUGGGAGAGAAAGCUGUGAACCCUUUCCUGACUGACUUGGAUAAACUUAAACUAGACAAGAUAAAGGAGUCUGCUGAUAAAGUGGAGCUCCCUGGAGGGAAGAAGGGUGCAGGUGGAGGGGGAGACAAGAAGCCAGCAGCUAAAACUCCUCUCCCUGCUGAAGCUCCAUCCAAAUCCUCUGCCCCACCCAAGAAGACUCAGUCUGCUGCUGCCAGCAAGCCGUCAGCAGGUCCAUCUAAGAAAGGCAAACCAACCUCUGCAGCUGGUGGAAAAAACAAGAAGACCUCUGACAGUAAAGAGUUCACAGAAAGUGAACUGUCGGUUGAGGUGUCUGAGGAGCUGGCAGCAGGCGUACUUCCUGCUAUUUGUCUACAGCAGCUGGAUUCAGCCAACUGGAAGGAGAGACUAGCUAGUAUGGAAGAGUUCCAGAGGGCUGUAGAGACCAUGGAUAAGGCGGACAUGCCCUGCCAAGCCUUAGUCAGGAUGUUGGCCAAGAAACCAGGCUGGAAGGAGACCAACUUCCAGGUGAUGCAGAUGAAGCUGCACAUCGUGGCUCUCAUAGCUCAGAGAGGACAGUUCUCAAAGACGUCUGCCUCUGUGGUUUUGGAUGCCUUGGUGGAUAAGGUCGGAGACAUCAAAUGUGGUGGAAACGCCAAAGAGGGACUCACUGCUAUUGGAGAGGCCUGCUCACUGCCCUGGACUGCAGAACAGGUUGUGUCUAUGGCAUUUGCACAGAAGAACCCAAAAAACCAGGCAGAGACUCUCAACUGGCUGGCUAAUGCCAUGAAGGAGUUUGGCUUUGCUGGUAUCAAUGUGAAGGGUUUCAUCAACAACGUGAAGACAGCUCUAGGAGCUACUAACCCUGCUGUUCGGACGGCUGCCAUCACCCUGCUAGGAGUCAUGCACCUCUAUAUGGGAGCUCCUCUGCGCAUGUUCUUUGAAGACGAGAAACCUGCUCUCCUCGCACAGAUAGAUGCUGAGUUUGAGAAAAUGCAGGGCCAGUCUCCACCAGCUCCAAUCAGAUUCACCAAGAAGGCGGCAGCAGCUGCAGAGGAGGAUGGUGAUGAAGGAGAGGAGCAGGAAGAAGAUGGAGGCGGCGGAGGAGGAGGAGGACACGACAUCAUGGACCUACUGCCCAGGACUGAUAUCAGUGACAAGAUCACAUCCGAUCUGGUGUCUAAAAUUGAGGAUAAGAACUGGAAGAUCAGGAAGGAGGGGCUGGAUGAGGUCGCAGCCAUCAUCUCAGAGGCCAAGUUCAUCACAGCCAACAUCGGAGAGCUGCCUCUGGCCCUGAAAGGACGACUCGGCGAUUCCAACAAGAUCCUGGUCCAGCAGACCCUUACUAUCCUGCAGCAGCUGGCUGUAGCCAUGGGACCUGGACUCAAGCAGCAUGUAAAAGCACUGGGAAUCCCUAUUAUCACUGUACUGGGAGACAGCAAGCUUAAUGUAAGGACGGCUGCCAUGACCACUCUGCAGGCCUGGGUGGAGCAGACUGGGAUGAAGGAGUGGCUGGAGGGAGAAGACCUGUCAGAGGAGCUGAAGAGAGAGAAUCCCUUCCUACGACAGGAGGUGCUAGGCUGGUUAGCAGAGAAGCUGCCCACCCUGAGGGCCGUGCCUGGGGAUCUGAUGCUGUGUAUCCCUCAGCUCUACACCUGCCUGGAGGACAGAAAUGGAGACGUUAGGAAGAAGGCUCAGGACGCUCUGCCCACCUUCAUGAUGCACCUGGGUUACGAAAAGAUGACAAAGGCUACUGGGAAACUCAAACCUGCCUCUAAGGAUCAGGUGGUAGCCAUGUUGGAAAAGGCCAGAGCCGUGAUGCCGGCUAAACCCGCAGCUCCUGCCAAAGCUGGAGGGGGGAAAGGCUCUGGAGAGCCAAGCAGAGCUGCUUCAGCCUCCAGGUCCCAGCCAGCUAGUGAGGACUUUACUGACAGUAAACCUGAAGUUAAGAAGGUCCGAGGAGGAGUGGCUGCUAAGAAGCCUCCCUCCCCUCCCGAGGAACCUGUUCCUCCCCCUCCCUCCAAGGACAAGGACAGUAAUGCUAGUAAAAAGCCCCCCAGCAAAGGGAAGUCUGCUGCUGGCAGUCAACAGGGCGCAGCCGGAAAGAAGCCUGCAGCCAAAAGCGUAAAGGAUGAUGAAGAUAAGUCUGGGCCAAUUUUCAUCCUCAUCCCCGGUGCAAAGGAGCAGAGGAUCAAAGAGGAGAAGCAACUUAAGAUUUUGAAGUGGAACUUCAUUACUCCUCGAGAUGAAUAUGUGGAGCAGCUGAAAACUCAGAUGUCCACCUGCUUCGCUAAGUGGCUGCAGGAUGAGCUCUUUCACUUUGACUUCCAGAGACACGUCAAGGCUAUAGGAUUCAUGAUUGAGAGGUUGGAGUGUGAGAGGGAAGCCACCAUCGGCUGUCUGGACCUGAUUCUGAAGUGGUUCACUCUGCGGUUCUUUGACACCAACACCACAGUCCUGAUGAAGGUGCUGGAGUAUCUAAAGCUGCUGUUUGCCAUGCUGAACUCAGAAAACUAUCACCUGACUGAGUACGAGGCCACCUCCUUCGUCCCCUACCUCAUACUCAAGGUUGGAGAGUCAAAGGAUGUGGUUCGCAAAGAUGUUCGGGCCAUACUGACCAUGCUGUGUAAGGUUUACCCAGCAUCCAAGGUCUUCCCUUUCCUCAUGGAAGGAACCAAGUCCAAGAACUCCAAACAGAGAUCAGAAUGUCUGGACGAGCUGGGUUGUUUGAUAGAGGGCUAUGGGAUGAAUGUAUGCCAACCUACUGCAGCCAAGUGUCUGAAGGAGAUAGCCGUUCACAUUGGUGACAGAGACACAUCUGUCCGCAACGCUGCCCUCAACACUGUGGUUGCAGUCUACAACGUCUGUGGGGACCAAGUCUACAAACUAAUAGGAAAUUUGUCAGAGAAAGACAUGAGCAUGUUGGAAGAGAGAAUCAAGCGUUCCGCCAAGAAGACUCCUGCGGCUCCUGCCAAGCCAAGCGCGACGGAGAGGUCUCAGAGAGAACAUCCGGCUAACCCCAAUGCCACCUUCCUCCGCAAGCCCGCACAGGAAGACCCCAACAAACUCAAAAUAAUGUAUCGCACGUAUAGGAUCCAAGCCCGUCAGAACGCCCAGCACAGCGAGUCCUCCCACCCAUCCAUCCCCAAGGAGUUCCAAUUAGACCUGGACAUGAUCGAGAUGGACCAGAGCGGAGUGUGUGAGCUGCCGGACCUCGUCCAACACAAGCUGGAUGAGCUGCUGGAGCCCAUCAUGAUUCCCGAACCAAAGAUGCGUUCCGUCUCUCCACAUUUUGAUGACCUCCACAACAGCACAGCCUCCACCAUCAACUUUGUCAUCUCUCAGGUGGCUAGUGGUGACAUAAACACCAGCAUACAGGCACUGGCACAGAUUGACGAGGUGUUGCGGCAGGAGGACAAAGCAGAAGUCAUGUCGGGACACAUUGAUCAGUUCCUCAUCGCCACCUUCAUGCAGCUGAGGCUCAUCUACAGCACACACAUGGCUGACGAUCGGCUGGACAAGAAGGACAUCAUCAAACUCUACAGCUGCAUCAUAGGAAACAUGCUGUCUUUGUUCUCUAUGGAGUCCCUGGCCAGAGAGGCGUCUAUGGGUGUGUUGAAGGACCUGAUGCACGGUGUGAUAACACUGAUGCUGGACGGCAGAGUGGAGGACAUCGAAGAUGGACAGCAGCUAAUCAGAUCUGUCAACCUGCUGGUCAUCAGAGUUCUGGAGAAGUCUGACCAGACCAACAUGAUCAGUGCGCUGCUGGUUUUGCUUCAGGACAGUUUAGUCACAACAGCUGGUCCGCCCAUGUUCUCUGAACUGGUCAUGAAGUGUCUGUGGAGGAUGAUCCGCUUUCUCCCAGAGACCAUCAACAGCAUCAACCUGGAUCGGAUCUUACUGGACGUCCACAACUUCAUGAAGGUUUUCCCCAAAGAGAAGCUGAAGCAGCUCAAGAGUGACGUCCCCCACAGAACCCUCAAGACUCUGUUACAUACACUUUGCAAGCUCACCGGGGCCAAGAUCCUGGACCACCUAUCAAUGAUAGAGAAUCGUAAUGAGUCAGAGUUGGAGGCCCAUCUGAGGCGGUCGGUCAAAAACUCUGGAAACCUGUCAGGACUUAAGAGCGACCGUGGCAACGAGAAGACUGGUCUGCGCACGGAAGAUCGCAUGUCAAAGGCAAAGGUCAGUGACAUUCUGUCAGAGAUCUUUAAGAAGAUUGGCUCCAAGGAGAAUACUAAAGAGGGUUUGACGGAGUUGUACGAGUAUAAACAGAAGUACUCGGAUGCAGACCUGGAGCCCUUCCUCAAAAACACGUCCCAGUUCUUCCAGAGCUACGUGGAGAGAGGCCUGCGUAUGAUCGAGUCUGAGAGAGAGGGCAAGACUCGCAUCCAGACCUCAGCAGUGAUCCCUCAGCACGGCGUGGACUCCGGUCUGAGCAGUAACAAUGAAGAGCUGAAACCAGCUGUUUACUAUGAGAGACUCAAGAUCCUCAGACAGAGACAAGGCCUGGAAAACACCUCCAGGGGUGUCGGAGGAAGUGAGGACGAGCCUCAGCAGCGACCUCCCAUCUCCUCCCUGCUGUCCUCUAAGCCGUCGGUGGCCUCCUCCACCGACAUGCUCCACAGCAAGCUGUCCCAGCUCAAAGAGUCCCGAGAGCUGUACCAGCAGGAACACAACACACACUCCCCGACACACCCCCGCUCAGCUUCACCCGCAGCCAACCUGGACGACCUGAAGAAACGUCUGGAGAGAAUAAAGAGCAAUCGGCAGUAAGGAGCGCCACAUCCCCUCCUCCAUCCUCCUUCCGCAAAGCCUGUGGAGUUCAGCUGGUAGAAAAUACAACUUCCUCUUUGACUCCCUCUGUGUUUAUGUUCAUGUUCUGAAAGACGGAAAUAGAAAGCACUUUGACACUAAAGCCCACCCCUCUGUAUUCUCUAACCAGGUAGCAACAAACACACCCUACAGUUUGAACCUGACUCCACCCACUGUGCCUGUAACUCAUUAAGAAUGAAACGCACCCUAAUCUGAUUGUAGCCGAGUACAUUCAGAUUGAACUAAGGCUGUCUGGGAUAUUUAGCCUCCACACACACACACACACACACACACACACACACACACACACACACACACACACACACACACACACACACUGCAGAAACCAUCCACACAUUUUUAAACUAUUACUAAAACGCAAAUAAAUAAUCUACAGACAUCAAGUCAUUUUUGUUUUUAAUAUCAACCAUAAGGGCAAAAAAAAAAAAAAGCUGAGUCCAGGAGUGUCAGCUGUAGUUCUGUACAGUUUCAUCUUUAUGAGCAAACCAUCACACCACCCUCCACAGCCGUCUCGUUCAGGGUGCUCUCCUCUCUCCUGCAUACACUUUUCACUGGAUGAUGAUGAUAAUAAUAAUAAUAAUAAUGGAAUAGUGAAGCCCCCCCUCUCCCUCUGUUUUAGUAUCGCAGCACAAUGUGUUUGUACAUAUUUAAAGGUUUUUAACCACUUAACUGUUAUGAAGCGCUUUUUCACGUGGUUGCAGGAAAAAACAGAAGUCAGUAAAUGUUGUUUCUUCCUGUUUUACCACGACGCGCCGUGUUGCUAGUGCUCUGUUUGGAUGGAGAAACACGGCUGUAAAGAGCCCAUCUGUAGCUGUGUAAAUGCAGCGUGGGACUGCCCCCUCAUGGCUGAACACUGUCAGUAAUCAGAGUAUCAGUUUGGGAUUCCCAGUGACUUCAGCUGAAGUCCUGUUUAUACUGGGGGCGUCUGGUGGAACUGCAGAGACGUUUGCUAUGUCUGCAUCGUAAAAUAAACAUACAAUAGUUGACAGGGCUUUCUCCUGCUCUUACUUUAAUCAACAAAGUGUCUGAUAUCUAUCCAUUUCAGACAUUUUGCUGUCUGUAGGGCCACAAAAUAAGUUGAACUGCAUUUACACAUGACAUCAAGCCCUCAGUCUUUUUGUCUGCCCCUGAUGGGGUUCAAACAGACGAGGCUGUAAAAGCCACAGCUGUGUGCUGAUGUUGAAGGAAGUUCUUUGUCUGUUUUUAACCAGGGUCACAAAGGGAAUCCAAUUCCUAAAAGCAUUUCGUGGCCUUCUGGUAAGCGUUUAAAAUGAGUGGUUUUCCAGUUGGAGAGGGCCAAAGGUUUUCAGAUGUGUCCAAACUCAGAAUGAUCAACUGUAGUGUCUGGCUGUGAUUUUAAAACCUGCAGACUGAAGGUGAGACAGGGUUAAAGAAUAUUACUGCUUCUUAUUUUGGAGAAGUGGCACAAUUUAGCGCCAACCUGCUGUCACUUCAGCGUCAAUCAGGAUUGAGAAUGUGUUCCUUCCUAUAGCGAACUUAGCUGCUUCAUUCAGGUCCAGACCGAGCAGAGCUGUGUGCUGGACUGACCUCUGUGUUAACAUGUGGCUGUAAAUACUGUAUGUAAUGUCCUCCAUUAACACCUCCCUUAUUUAACAGCAGCCAUUCUGUUGUGUUUGUAGGCUUAAAGAGCAUGGCAUGAAGUCAGUGAUGUUUUUAUUUUUCUUGUAAAUAAAGUUUGCAUUAAUAAAACGCUGUUUAAUUAAGACAUUGUUUUUCUGAUGAAUAUGGCGGCCCAUCUCUUCUGUAGCCUAGUCUUACAGUGUUGCUCUCCAGCUGUCCUUGUAUAAUCCAUAGUGAACAAUGGCAAUAAAGUCUUGUUUUUUUUUUUUUAACAAUCCA